GUUGUUACGUAGGAAGAAUUCUCCUGCUUUCUCGUUUAUCCUUUUCCUUUUCCCCCUUGAAAACGCUGUCAAGUUUCCCACCCGCGUGCUCUUUGCUUCAACUUUGAGCCAUUUCUUUCCUUUCCUUUUCUUUAUUCUCCCAAAUUCUCGAUUCUCCCAAAUUCUCAAUUCUCAAAUCUCAAGUCGAUCAAAUCGCAAUUCUCUCAAUUAUUAUUUGUUUGUUUGUUUGGGGGUUUGGUGGAAAUUGAAUUCAGAGACCGAUCGAUCGAUCGUCGAUGGCGGAAGUUUUGAGCAAAACCGGUCUGUUGUCGUCCUGGCAUCAUCAUCAUCAAAACAAAAAAAGCAGCAUCUCCGUUUUCCCAAAGAGUUGUAAUUACAAUAAAUCAGGGUCUUUCUCUUGCUCCUUCAAACUGAAUCCCGACAUUUCAUCACUAUCCUUGUCCACAAAGAGUGAUUUUCACGGAAAAAGGAUUGCUUUUCAAGCCACCGGCAUCAGGGGGAAUUCCCAAUCCCACGCUUCUUCUGCCGUUUAUUCCCAGCAGUCUGGAUUUCGGAUUGGGAAGGCUGCGAAAUGGUGGGAGAAGGGGAAUCAGCCCAACAUGAAAGAGGUGUCAUCUGCAGAGGACCUAGUGGAAUCCCUUUCAAACGCCGGGGAUAAGCUGGUGAUCGUUGAUUUCUUCUCUCCUGGCUGUGGUGGCUGCAAAGCUCUUCAUCCCAAGAUAUGUCAGCUGGCAGAGAUGAACCCGGAUGUCCAAUUCCUUCAGGUGAACUACGAGGAACACAAGUCCAUGUGUUACAGUCUCAAUGUUCAUGUCCUCCCCUUCUUCCGAUUUUACCGAGGUGCUCAUGGUCGCCUUUGCAGCUUCAGCUGCACCAACGCCACGAUCAAGAAGUUUAGAGAUGCAUUAGCCAAGCACAAGCCAGAGCGGUGCAGCCUUGGGCCAACAAAAGGGCUGGAGGAGAAAGAGCUCCUCGCUCUUGCUGCCAACAAAGAUCUCUCAUUUACCUACACUCCUAAACCAACUGAAGAUGUGCCUGCCAAGGAGGAAGUGAUUGUGGCUGAAGAGGCACCAUCUCGUCUUCCUCUUCCGUCGGCAACCUCACAGUCUGCUCAAGUGGUCACCGCCUGGAGAUGACGUGGCGCGGAAGAGUUGAACGUUGCAGGGCUUUGGAAUUGGUUUUUGGGAUCCAAGCCUGCGUGCAAAAAUCAUGUGUUGUAAAUUUGAAGAGAGCAAUCUGUCGGAAUGUUGGUCCGCCCUUAUGAUAUGACGUCUGCAAAUGUGUAUGUAAUUAAGAGCUGCUUCUUGGUCUUCUUGUUCUGUAUGUAGUAUUGAGUCAGUGGGAAGAUUGAAGAUCCUUGAUACUCCUCUCCUCACCUGUUGUUUUUACUGGGGUGUGGUAUCAUCGUAUCAUAUAUAUAUAUGUACGUAUGUAUGCAAGUAUAAUAUAUGGGAUUUCAAGUUUGAAGUUUGAAUGCAAUGUUGAGUGCUGAUUUUCAAGUGCA